CAUCGCCUUUUAUCUCUGCAUAAGAUGGUCAGUCACUCUGAGAGAUGCCCUUAAAGCUUUCCUUGCUCUUUUAUUUUGCCAGUCGAAAUCUGAAAGAUCCUUUUACUCUUCGUCACUCUAGCCAAAAGGACAAAAGCUUCAAAUCGCAUCCUGAUUGGCGGAAGCUUGUCCAAAGUUGGUGAAUAGAUGGGAAAGAAGCUAGUACUAGGCACAUUCAUCUAGUUUCGAAAUCGCAAAUGUUGUCGAACCAGUUCGUAAUCUCCUUGUUCCUUCUUCUUUGUCUCCCCAUCGUCUUCUUCCUCGUUGCCCCUCAUGUCUUCUCCCCUCCUCCACGCGAAUCUCUCAUCCCUAUCGCCGACGAGAUCGACGACCAGAUCCUAUUCCGCCGCGCCUCCGCCGGAUCCUCCUCGCAUCUUUCCUCCGGAACCCCACACCCUAAGCUCAAAAUCGCCUUCCUUUUCCUCACAAACUCCGACCUCCACUUCGCGCCAAUCUGGGAUGGCUUCUUCUCCGGCCACCCUCGGUCUCUCUACAACGUCUACGUCCACGCCGAUCCCUUCGUCAACAUCACCAGACCCGGCAACGGCUCCGUCUUCCAGAACGCCUUCAUCACCUCCGCCAAACGCACCUCACGCGCCUCUCCCACCCUAAUCUCUGCCACGCGCCGUCUCUUCGCCACCGCCCUUCUCGACGACCCGGCCAACGCCUACUUCGCAGUCCUCUCCCAGCACUGCAUCCCUCUCCACUCCUUCAGAUUCGUCUACCAAUCCCUCUUCGAAUCGCCCAGUUUCGAUAAAUCAAACCCGGAUCCAACCUCCAAAGGGGUUCGAACCUGGCACCGGAGCUUCAUCGAGCUCAUCUCCGAUGAACCCAGGCUUUGGAAGCGCUACAUUGCUCGAGGGAGAUACGCUAUGUUACCCCAAGUCCCCUUCGACAAAUUCCGAGUGGGUUCUCACUUCUUCCUCUUGACUAGGACCCACGCUCUUCUCACUGUCAAAGAUCGCAUCUUGUGGAGAAAGUUCAACCUCCCUUGCUACCGUUCCGAUGAGUGUUACCCGGAGGAGCAUUACUUCCCCACCUUGAUGAACAUGAAGGAUCCAGAGGGUUGCACCGGUUACACUCUCACCCGAGUCAAUUGGACUGCUACCGUCAAGGGUCACCCUUAUUCCUACAAGCCUACCGAAGUCUCCUCCCACUUGAUUCACCACCUCCGCCUUUCCAAUCACUCAACCUCCUACUUUUUUGCUAGGAAGUUCAUGCCUACUUGCUUGACACCUUUGUUGGCCAUUGCCGACUCUGUCAUCUUUAGGGAUUGAGUUGCUUUCCUUUCCUUGGGAAGAUUUGGAUAUUGUCUCCUUUGCAAGCAAUUGGAAUGAGAGAAAAGGUGUUGUUAUCAUAGAUUAUGUAGUUUCUUCAUCUGAAGGCAAAAUAUGCAAGCUAGAGGCUGGAAAAUACAAAGUAUUGAGAGAGGAAUGGAAUUUGUAUUCCAGAUGAUGAUGAUGAUAAGCUUAGAAAAUUUAUGUGCUUGUAAAAUGUUAUCACACGAGAACAAGAGAUCGAAAGGGCUUAGAUACCAAAGUUGUAGGGGUUUUUUUUUUCCUUAUUCUUUUUUGGGUUUAUAAUGGAAGAAUGAUGCUUUGCUUUUGCUUCUUUGGAACUAGUACUGUAGAUAAACCCCAAAGUCGUUGGGAUUGUAGCACUAAGAAAGAUAUAUAAGCAGGGAUUGUUUGUUCA